AUGGGUCACUACGGUGGUCCGUAUCUUCGGCGAUCUUCACCGUUUGUACACUCUCAGCGUUGCGACUAUGUGGUAUCUGCCGACCAUCGCACGGUAUGCUACAGAGCAACAUCCGUCAGCCCCUCAGCACACCAAAAAGGCACGGCAGAACAAAAAUCAGAUGUAAUCGACGCACUACGCUCAUGGGAAGCAUUGGAACAUGCUCUUGAUUCAUACGCAGGUAAUGAUGAAAUAUGUUAUACCGACCGUGGUGAAUAUUUGGAUGUUGGAGAUUUACAAUCACAAACAACACGAACACACGAUGAAACCGCAAACGAUAUAUCUAACUAUUAUGGAAUAUAUAGAGAUGCUAAGUACAAUGAACGAGAUUUGGGAAUAUCACAAAGCGUUACACUUGACAAGGUGGAACCCCGCAGUUUGGUUGCAUUGUUGGCAAAAGACUCACCCAUAGACAGUAAGCCAUGGACACCGGAUCGAUUAACAACAAAAAUUCAAACAACAGCUAGCCCACAAUCGACUUCACAAGUUGAAGCUUUCGAUGUUGCAAUUGAUAGGCAUGCAAGCUCCAAUACAUAUAUCGAACCACGAUCUUAUGCCCUAACCGACGAUGAUGCACUCACAAUACGUGAUACACCUCUGGACUCUUUUAUAAUUGACCACAAACAGUCAGCCAAUGAAGCGGAUAGGCCGAAAAGGUCACCUAUACGCAGCCUGUUUAGGUUAAUGCGUAGUAUGAAACGUCGUACACAAGAUAGAUCAAGGGACACCAGUGUUACACGUGAUUCUUAUAACGAAUCUAGAUCCCGUGUUGCUGGACGGUUGAGAAAACGUCUGGAAAUGCGACAGAGCAGUACACACAGUGCUUAUGAUCAAGGGUCCACGUCAGUCACCGGGAUAUACAGUAGUCGACCACGUCCAGAGGACUUAGACACUUCAGUAGCCUACCUACUGAGAGGUGUUAUUCCUGAAACUACAGAGACACCGGAUAUAACAUCAAAUACUCAACGUAUUAGACAUGUGGAAAAAAGGGGGCACUCACCAUCCUUCACAAUCCCCAAAUCUAUCCUGCGGAAAAUAUUGCCAAAAGAUUGUGAUAUUGAUGAAGUAUAUAAGCCGAUACGUGACGAUAUUGCAGCGCUGUCUGAAUCCACAUCAAAGCCACCUGCUGCGCCCAUCCUAGAUGAUACCCUUGCAGAUUACGUAAUGCCGGUAGAAGAAAACAAGACUACAAGAACCUACCUAAUGCGAUACCUGGAGAGAAAUGCACAUAGAUCGUUGCAACGUGGUAUAGUCACAUCAGCAGAUGCCCGUUACUAUGAUCAUGCAGAUCCAAAGGGUCGGCUUCCUGCCGAUGUAGCAUAUCCACAGCUACAACUCAUGCACCAGAAAUCAUAUGCUAUGCAACAAUAUGUAAAGAAAUCAGAUGGUGAUAUGGACGGCUUUGUCGUACCUGGUACUGCGGAUGUAUUCAGCAACCUACAUGAUGCUACGUUGCGAAUGCCAACAGAACGUAUACCCACUCUACAUGUUGACGCUGAAGAAAUGGUAUCUGAUAUUGAGAUAUCUCGUAUGAUAUCUUCAAAUACUAUCACACCGGAAGAUAAGGCGUUCUCAAGGAGUAUGACACUAUUGUGUUCGGCUGAAGAUGAUCAAAUAAUUGAUCACUAUCCUGCGACAGCUACAGAGGGCACACCAGGCCACGCCCCCAACAUCAUUGACUCUGAUAUCGCCAUGAAUACCGCUAUUAGAGCACCAAGCAUAAGGGUACCUGCUUUAUCGCUACCUGUGGCUUCUAGUGUAUUCGCUGAAGUCGAACCUAUCAACAGGGCUGGGACGCUGUUUGAUAUCGAUGCUGCAUCUACUCUGGAUGCACACCCUGUACGGUUGACAUCUGCAGUGGAUAUGCCUAAAUUACAGGAGCCUGUAUUGCCAUUGCCGUCAAUUGCACUCGCUGGUGACGUCGGUACUCCUGGUGAGAUGUUAACAGCUCCAGUGAUGAAGAGUGCCUCCGUGAUUACGGGACUAGAGGCACCAUCUGCGGUUAGUAGUUCCGUUACCAGCAUUCUCACGAAGGAUCAUCUUUCACGGGCAGGUAUCACUGUGUCACCUGUAACCUUAGACCAGGCGCUGUUAGACACAUCUGAACAGCUGCUGACUGUUUCUAAAACCUUAACCUUACCACGGGCGGGCACAUCCGCUACCUGCGUGGAACAACCUGAAUCUGCACAAGAGGAGAUGUUGAAAAUGGACACUCAACCGAUUUCCCAUAAGGAGGUGGAACCUGUUGUUGAAACAGGUGUUGGUUAUGAUCCAGGCGCUGUUACCGCUGAGAUAACACCCACUGAAGUUGAUGUGCCUGUAAGCAAGGCUCCUACUUUGCAGGAUACCGCUAUUCCACCCGAAUCCUCUCCUCCGGCACCCUUGUCUGUUAGACCUACAAAAUUGUUGACUGGUGCUGUAUCGGAACCGCAAGAACCGGCGUCCAAGGUUGCUAGCCGUGAACUUGCAGCGUUAGAUACUGAGCUACCAACUGAACCUCCGUCCGACGAACUGUCACAACAAAGGACUAUUCCAGGUGUUGGAGCUUAUGGCAGACCUUCAUCAUGCAUGUGGACCGAGUCACCUGGCAAUAUGCCUGAAAUGCCGGUACAGGAGGAUAUGUCUGUGGUUGCGUUGGACGAGGACGAUGAAACACAACGACAUGCUGAAUUAGAGCCCCCUUCAGAACCUGAAACUACGUUUGACUUGCCUACGGAUACUGAGGUGCCAUUCGUGGAGGAACCACCAGUGGAACCGUCGAAGGCCAAAGUGAAGACUGCUAAGGCGGAGAAGCCUGCCAAGAAAUCUAAAGGUGGUGACAAGGAUGAGAAGAAGAAGAAGAAGAAGAAAAAGAAAACAGAUGCCAUUGAGACUCGUCCUCGUCCACUUCGUCAUCUGGUAGACAAGCAGUUGAAGGAAGGUUUUAAAGCUACAGUUUACGUUAUCAGAUCUAAGAAGAACGCUACAUCGUCGUUGUGUACAGUGAAGUUCAACUACGAAACGGAUCGGUUGAUUUUUGAGACGCCUACUAACGUAUUUGAUAUUGAUGCUUCCAAGGUGGUUGCUGAAGAAAUUCCAACGCUGCCAGGUGCGCCAGUGCUGUUAAAGCUGACUGUCUACGGGAAGAAGUCAUCGGCGGUUGUUAUCCAGAGUACUCAAGAACGUAGUCUGAACGUGUUAGGUGGUACCGUGGGGUGGGCAAACGCCAUUGCUGGUUCUAGUAAAGGUAAAGGCGAGGACGGUGAUGACGCGGUAGCUGGCAACUUUGGUGGUAAAGCUGGUUCUGAAGGUUACCAGAUGAGACUAUCUGGUUCUAAGCAGUCCACAAAUUCCUUUAGUGAUGUUAUUCAAAGUGGUCAACCAUCUCGAGAUAAAAUUCGAUCAUCUGGUAAGAAGUCGAAGCGUGAAAGUCGGAAAUCAUCUCGGCAUUCCUCUAAGAGCGCAUCAGUCGAGGGCGGUGAUGGUGGUAAUUUAUUGGACCCCAAAGAACCCGGUGCUUCACCUGACUCUGGCACCCAGAAACGCGGAUUAGUGUCGCGCAUGUUACUGCGAAGGCGUAUUUCACAACGCCUCCAACGGUAG